CUUUCCAGAGAACUGUUUCCUUAAAGCUAGACAAAGCGGUACUUCUUCACCGGCCUAUAACACCAACAUCCUGGACGACUUUACACAUCCAUGAAGCUGUGAACUAGCUAAAGCUGCUGGAACUGUAAAAUAAAAAAUAAAACGACGCGGGGAGAGAAUAAUUCAAGCCAGAGACAGCCACGCAGAAGACUUGAAGCCUUUCUCUGUAAAAACACCCAACUGCGGUUUGAACUCAUUUCAACGGAGCAAAAAACCUCCAAGAUGACUGACUUCUGAGCGAAACCCACUGGGGGACCCAGAGGAAGUUCUUCCAUCGCCGUCAACUUUAACAACUUUAACAACCGAAUAGACAAAGAAAAAGACGAAUAUUUCCAUUGCAGCCAUGGAUUCAGGAAAGAGAAUAACGUUUCCGUUGAUGUUGAGUGUUGGAACAGCUGUGAUCGGCUCUCUGCAGUUUGGCUACAACACCGGUGUCAUCAAUGCCCCUCAAAAGAUCAUUGAGAAUUUCAUCAAUGAGACGUAUUUUGAGCGCUACCAGGAGGCCAUCUCCAAGACCACCCUCACGGCCAUCUGGUCCGUCGCCGUCUCCAUCUUUUCUGUUGGUGGCAUCGUUGGCUCCUUUUCCGUCGGACUCUUUGUCAACCGCUUUGGAAGGAGGAACUCUAUGCUCAUGGCCAAUGUCCUGGCAUUCAUCGCUGCGGCUCUGAUGGGCUUUUCAAAGAUGGCCAGCUCCUGGGAAAUGCUGAUCGUUGGUCGUUUUGUGGUGGGCCUCUACUCCGGCCUCUCCACAGGCUUCGUGCCAAUGUAUGUGGGUGAGAUUUCACCAACAGCCCUACGAGGAGCCCUGGGCACCUUCCACCAGCUGGGCAUUGUUGUCGGCAUCCUCAUUGCACAGGUGUUUGGAAUGGAGGCAAUCAUGGGCAACGAUGACUUGUGGCCGCUCCUCUUGAGCUUUAUCUUCAUCCUUGCUUUGAUACAGUGCAUCCUGCUGCCUCUCUGUCCCAAGAGCCCUCGUUUCCUGCUCAUCAACAAGAAUGAAGAGAACAAGGCUAAGGCCGUGUUGAAGAAGCUCAGAGGCACCACAGAUGUGAGCUCUGACAUGCAGGAGAUGAAGGAAGAGAGCCGGCAGAUGAUGAGGGAGAAGAAGGUGACCAUCCCGGAGCUUUUCCGCUCGCACCUCUACCGCCAGCCCCUCCUGAUUGCUGUCGUCCUGCAGCUCUCUCAGCAGCUGUCUGGCAUCAACGCUGUAUUCUACUACUCCACUCGUAUCUUUGAGAAAGCCGGAGUUGAGCAGCCUGUCUAUGCCACCAUUGGAGCCGGUGUAGUGAACACAGCUUUCACUGUGGUGUCGCUGUUUAUCGUAGAACGUGCAGGACGUAGGUCUCUGCACAUGCUGGGGCUGCUGGGAAUGGCUGUAUCUGCCGUCUUAAUGACUAUUGCCAUGGCUCUGUUGGAACAGCUCAAAUGGAUGUCAUAUUUAAGCAUCGUGGCCAUUUUCUCCUUUGUCGCGUUCUUCGAGCUGGGACCGGGUCCCAUCCCCUGGUUCAUCGUGGCAGAGUUGUUCUCGCAGGGACCCAGGCCUUCGGCCUUUGCUGUGGCUGGUUUCUCCAACUGGACUGCUAACUUCAUUGUGGGAAUGACUUUCCAGUAUGUAGAGGAACUGUGCGGCCCCUACGUGUUUAUCAUCUUCACUGUGCUGCUGCUCUUUUUCCUCGUCUUCACCUACUUCAAAGUACCUGAGACCAAGGGCCGGACAUUUGACCAGAUCUCGGCCGGUUUCCGCCAGACAGCUGCCAGCGGAGUAGAAAAGCACUCGCCGGAGGAGCUCAACAGCCUGGGAGGAGCAGAUUCUCAGCUCUGAGUGACUGAUCUUAACUUCUAACAAACUCUUUCUCAGACCCAGAAGAGGGGACGAGAAGAGUCUACCAGCUAGAAGUAGACACAUCCAUUGGUAGAAUCAUUUUCACACUUCGUCACCGCAUUUCCAACGUCAUUUCCGAAACACAGAACAGCCCUGUUGUGAUUCUCCGACAUGACGUCCUCUGCUGCCCCUCUCAUGUCACACAGACAAAACGAAAACAAAAACUGUCGCCUGAUAUGGAGAGGGGAGUUGAGGAUAGAUGGGGAAGGUUUUUAAUAUUUUAAAGAUAAGAAGGAAAAGAAGUGUGUACAUCAAUCAACCAAGCUUUUUUUAAUCUCUUUUUUUUCACCAAAUAUAUAUAUAUAUAUAUAUAUAACUGAUAUGUGCUUAUGCUCUGUUCUUUGUCAGAGCACUGCAGCUGUAGAGAUCAGUUCACUGUGCAAAAUACUUGUUUUUAUCAAUCAUACUGUAAAGAUGUAUCACUGUAGACUUAAGCACUGUAGAUGCUGCACAGCUCGACUCUGUCUGUCCCCAGCAGAUGGUGCACUGCCUUUUAAAAAGGGUCUCAGUGCUCCACCGAUGAGGAAUAAGUUAUCACAAACAGUGAUAUGUUGGUGUAUUGCUGUAAAGAUUUAGAUAUUCUUAAUGAAAUUGGUUAGACUAUAAUGGUAAUGCUGUUACUUACUUACUCCUGCUGGGAAAUAUUUGACUCUUUUUAUCCUUCUUUCUCUUCUUAGACAAAAGACUUUUCUUGGUGAAAAUUACCUUUUUGUUUCAUAAGAGUUAUGGACAUGAAGACAACACAGUAAUAUAUCAAGAAACUCACCAAGCAUUCAUGUAUUUUUUACAACAUUCCUUUUCAGCAGUACAUUUAAUUACAUAAUAUUGACGUCGCUCUGUGCUAUAGGAACAGCUUCUGCACAGAUCAGUACAAAGUACAGUAAAUAAAUCAUCCAUCCGUUUUACAGUGACGUGGGAUAAGUAUGCACCUAAAAUCAGCAGCCACAAAACCAAAAAAAAAACUGUCUCACCAAACCAGAACAUGUGUGUUAUUAAGUGUCCGUCUGAUACAAUCGAGCCUCCUCUGCCCUCAUCACUUCCAAGCAGUUUCAGGUUGUGUCAGUCGGAUCCAGACUGAAAGCUUCUGUCAGUGGACCAUCUUCACUUAAAUUAUUCUUGAGUUGAGAUAACUUGUCUGGAUCUUUUCACUCAAACGGGAGCUGCAAUUGCUGCACCCUGUUUCUCCGUGACAACUACUAAGCAUCUUCAGAAAAAGCAAAAAAUAUGGGGACCAAAAUGACUGUCAGCCUCACGGAAGGUUUUUGUUAUCCUCAAAGUGCCUGUCACCCUUCUUGGGUCAAACGCCCAGUGUUCCUUGCGCUCCAUAAAGCAUAAAGCACUAUGUGUCAUAGUCACAUACUGCUGUGUGGCUUCUUUGAAUUCUGCAGUAUUGUUAGAUAUCUCUCUCUCUCUUUCUCUCUCUCUCUCUCUCUCUCUGGGUUGCAUGCAGUAGUCUGGCUCCACUUCGCCUCGCUGUUUAAUCCGCUGUCUAUGACUGCUGUGUCACUUGUUGAACCGAUCUUUUUCUUUAAAUGCAUUCUUUGAGAAAAGUUAUCUUUUUAGCAGCACUUUAUUGUUCAUAGCGAUAUUUCUUAGUUACUGAAACAAAGGUUGUGAGGUCGUUUCAGCCGUUUUCUUUUUUUACUCACAGUGUGGAAUCUUUGUUACUGAAUGAGACUGUAUACUGCUAAUAAAUUACUAGAGGUUUUUGAAAUGGAUAUGUGUGAAAUAAGUAAACCGAUAUAUCGGGCCGAUAUUUGCGAUUUUACGUGUAUCGGCUGAUACGCGGCUGCUGCGUUCACCGAUAGUUUUUUUCCCCGGCAUUAUUUACGGACAGGUGUCCACAGGCAGCUCUGUGUUGCUGGAGACGCUGCACCCAUCCAUAUGAUGCACAUUGCUCACAUCAUUUAGGUGAUAUGAAUGUAAGAUGAU